ACUGCUUAGAAAAAUAAAUUCUUGCGUUCCAGCGGGAUCAGGUGGUUCUAAUAGCAGAUUUUCUAUGACGGGACCUAGUGUUUCAACGGCAAAUGAAAACAUAAGAUGUUACCUGCAAAACAAUAAUGAUCACAAUGACUCCUCCGAUCUUGAUGAAUCGCAAAUUGAUAUCGCCGCCCAAAUGCACAAUAUUGUCACCGAUGAUAAUAUUACAGCAGACUCAAAUGAUGAAAGUAAUUUAUUUGGCAGUGACUAUUCGGAUGAAGAUCCCACUUACGUGCCAGAUCCUAAGGACUAUUCACCAAAGCAAAUAGAUUCCGACUCUGAUUUUAUUCAACAGGAAGACUUUUUUAUGGUGCUGAUUGAUGAAGUUUUAGAUCGAGUUUGGAUUUCUGUAGAAGGUGACUAUUCAGCAGCAGCUUAUGUUCAAGAUUCAGAUUCAGAAAACUAUACACCUCAGCAAAAUGAUUCCGGCCAUGAUAUUAUUAUUCCUGAAACUCCCAGCCCAUGCAAACAGCAGAAACGUUCCUUGUCGAUAUUUGACAACGUUUGUAUUUCUGGAGAAGGUGAAUGCAAGAGCUUCUUCUUAUGUUCCAGAUUCAGAGGACGACCCAUUAAAAGUAUUACAUCCAACUGACUCUAGCUGCAAUGACAGUAUGAUCCCUGAAAGUUCAGGUGUUCGUUCACAUUGUAGACAAUAUUUUAGACAGAGUUUGGAGUCGUGUCAAAUCCUUGAAGCGACGUAAGCAAGCUAAGCCAUCUGAAUGGAAAAUAGAUAUCGCCAAAAAGCGAAAAAUGGAAGGGCUACCUUAUGUGACCCAAGGCAUUAAGCGUCCUGCUAAAGUUCCAAAGCCUAUCGAAUGUGAUAAAUGCCAAUUCAAAUGUACUGAAAAGUUUUCCGAAGAAGAACGUAGCAGUUUGUGCCGUUAUUUCUACAGUAUGGAUUUCCGAGCAAAAAAGAACUUUAUUCUUUCUUGCAUAAAAAUUCAGCCUGUUAAAACUAGAAAAGUACAGAAGGCAUCUAAUAAAAAGGAGCGUUCAUAUACUAAAAAAUGUUUCUUUCAAAAAGACAAUGACGAAAUCCAAGUUUGUAAAUUUUUUUCCUGGCUACAUUGUGCAUUAGUGUAGAUGUCAUCUCCGAGGCUGUAAAUAAAAAAGAUUCAUUAGGAUUGUAUGUCGAGGAUGAUAAACGUGGCAAGAAAAGCCCACCAAAUAAAACUAAAAUAGAAGAUGUUAAACGGGUCCAGGAUCACAUAGAGAGCUUUCUUGUAAUGGAUUCUCAUCAGUCCGUAAAGACAGUAAGAAGAAAUACCUUUACCCUGACGCUAAAUCGGUUAAAAACAUGUACAGAUUGUAUGAAGAUUCAUGUAAAGAGACUAAUAAAAAGCCGGUUUCAGAGUCAAAGUACCGUGAUAUGUUUAAUGAAGAAUACAAUUACAGCUUUUUCAGUC